UGAAGAUGAUCCGAAAAGGUGUAACAUUCCCAUCUGAUUGCGUCAUCACUGUCACAUGAUCGACGAAAACGAAAGAUUUGAUUUUAUUCACUAGUGUAUUUUUCCCUAAGAUGGCACGGAGAAAGCAAAUUUCAUUUCAAGAUAAACUCAACGUCAUCAGCGAUAUUGAUGAUGGAAUGAAGCAGGUUGAUGCAGCUAAGAAAUAUGGAUUAUCUCAAUCUACAGUUGCAACGUUCCUCAAGAAGAGGAAACAUAUUGAAGAUGCUGUGAGAUCAAAUUCAGUUAAUCCCAAGCGAAAACGAUUAAAAGUCGCGACUAAUGAAAACAUUGAUGCUGCCGUCCUGAAGUGGUUUCAAGAGAUGAGGGCAACAAAUAUCCCAAUAAAUGGACCCUUGUUAUGUGCACAAGCACGGAAAUAUGCAGCAAUGCUAGGGAACGAAACUUUUAAAGCUAGCAUAGGUUGGCUAAUGCGUUUUCGGGAUCGCCACGGAAUCACUUUCCAGGAAAUUCACGGAGAGAAAAAAUCUGCUCCAAUGAAUGAGGCAAAUGUCUGGAGACAAGAGAAGAUGAAAGAUAUUCUUCAAAAGUAUGCACCAGAAGACAUUUAUAACGCUGAUGAAGCUGGACUGUUUUUUCAACUCCUCUCUGAUUGA